AUCCCUACCCCUUAGAAUACAUCAAGUGGUGCUUUCAUUGAGAGGGUUGAAUACAUCCAGGUUCACCCUCCGUGUUUAAAAAUGACUAGGUCCACCAGAAAAUCCACCACCAUCGCCCAUGGUGUUGUACGAGUUGUGACUUCGGUGGAAAAACUCCUGGUGGAGGCUGAGUACGUUACUGUGUACGAGGAAUCUGCAUCCUCUCAAAGACCUAGGCCAUCGCAUGUCGAGCAAGGCGGCGCCGGGCGGCGACCACGUCCCUACGACAGUUACCAACCAAACUACUGGGAGACAUCGUCGAAACACCUCAAGGGGGUUGACGGUGGAUCUAGUGGCCACCCUUUUAAAAACUUUAGGUUUGGCACUUCAGCAGGUGCCGACGGCAGCCCAUCAAAAUGCCACAGACGGCUCUUUGGUACCCUCCGAAGCGGCGGCGGCUCUAGCCACCUUUUUCCCGAGGAGGGAUGUGAAUGGUCUCUUGCCUCCGCUUCGAGGUCCCACAAAAGAAAAUGGCCGCCUCCGGCAAAAGGGCAAGGGAUCGGCUCCUCCCGAUGAAGCGGGUGACGACAUCUCCAUGUCGUCCAGUCGUGCCAUGCACAAGCGACUCGCCGCCACAGUCAGGCAUAAGCACCCACAUGAAUCGGGACUGCAUGUGUCGGUGUUCAGUCAAUUGGAGAGCGGCAACGUCGCAACAUGCCAAAAUCACACGGGGUUGGAAAACCCUUUGGCGAUGGCGACGCCUCCUCGCAAAAUCCAUAUAAGGUAGCAGGGACCUCGACGGGAAUGCUGCAGGUCAGAAGAAAUCAACCAUGGCCAACGUCACGAGUUGGCGCUCGUGGUGGGCCCAGUUCACACUGCCAUUGGAAAUUUACAAGCUCUGACCUCGCUCCAAGAUGCUCCACCGCUUCCCUCACGCAGGUUGGCCACUAGAUCGGAGGAUUCAAUGGACCAAGUUCUCGCGACAAUCGUAAGGGGAAAUGGCGGAAUUGAAGCGGCAGGGAGGGAAGGAUGCGACGGACGAUGUCACUAUAAAGCUGAACACGCCCU